GAACAAUUUCAUUUCAUUCACUACCUUUUCAUACCUUCUCAUUCCUUGUUUUCAUUCAACUUUAUUCGCUUGUCAUUCAUCAUCUUAUCCUACACUGUUGAAAAACACCGGACUCCAUGGCAUCUCCAGCAUCUCCUCUAUCCCCACCAAAAGUACUUAUUGUUGGUGCAGGUGUCGCAGGCUUGUUGCUAGGAGCUUUGCUUGAGCGUGCCAAGAUCCCCUAUGUCAUCUUCGAACGAGCAGCGACUGUAAAACCGCUAGGCGCCAUCAUGUCAGUCAAUGCAAGUAUCCUCCCCGUAUUCGAACAAAUUGGAAUCUAUGAUGAUUUGAUGAAGUUCAGCUACACAACGGAUGGGAUGUACAUCUAUGACGAGAACCUGAAUUUGAUUCGCCACAACAGUAAUGAGGGUGUCAAAGAAGCAAUCGGCUAUGGUCCCCUCGUCUUCUCUCGGCCCAAAUUUUAUGACCUCCUUCUCGCUCAGAUCCCAACAGAUAAGAUUCAUUUCAACAAAAAGGUUGUUUCGAUCGAACAUGGUGAAGAAAUCGAAAAAAAUCCAUUCGGUUCCCAUGUCAAGAUUGUUUGUGCUGACAACACAUCCUAUGAAGGCGAUAUCCUCGUAGGCGCGGAUGGGACUUAUUCUGCAGUUCGCCAAAGCCUUUACAAGGACUUGCGGGAGAAAAACUUGUUACCAAAGAAUGAUAUGCAAGCUUUGAAGAUCGGAUAUCUCACCAUGGUUGGCACCACAGACCCAUUAGAUGUCAAUACUUACCCAGAACUUAAGGAUGAUUUCUCACACUUUCAUUUUGUGAUUGGAAAUGGAAAACCUCACACCUGGCACACAUUCACGGUUCCAGAGAACAAGAUGUGCUGGGGAGUCCAGGUUCAAUUGACAAAGGAUGCUGGAUCUGAGGACAAAUCAGCUCGAGAUGAGGCCGAAUGGGGACCUCAGGGCACAGAGGCAAUGAUCAAAGAGGUUCGUGAUUUUACAACUCCUUAUGGUCCAUUGGGUAAAAUCAUUGAUGCUACUCCAAGAGAACGGAUUUCCAAGGUUUAUCUCGAAGAAAAACUAUUCGAUACUUGGCACUACGGUCGCACUGUGCUUAUUGGUGAUGCUGCCCAUAAGAUGUCGCCUAGUCAGGGUCAAGGUGCUGUGAAUGCUCUAGAAGAUGCAGUGAUUCUUGCCAACUGCCUUUAUGAUAUUGCAGAGACACCCACAUAUCAAAACAUUACCGAAGCCUUUAAGGAAUACAAGGAACAGCGCUUUCCCCAUGUUAAAUUUCAUUUCCAGGACAGCGCCAUGAAGGCUCGUCUUGUCUUUGGCCAGACAUGGUCCGAUCAACUGUUGAGAAAAAUCUUUGUUGGAUAUAUGCCACAAUAUGUUCGACUCAAUGAAAUCAUAAAAGCCGGUACCUAUAAGCCCCAAUGCCUGUUCUUACCCUUGGCACCUAAACGUGGUACAAAAGACCCUCUCCCUCAAAAGCCUCUCAAGAGGAAGCUCCUAUAAAAGCCUGCAGCCAGCUCUUCUAGGCAAGAAAUUGAAGUGAAAUAAACCAAAG